UUGAAUGUGCAUGCCAUUGAAUUGGCAUCGUUUGUAUCGGAAGCAGAGCGCGUCACAUAUAUAUACAUCGUCGAACAAAAUACAAAAAUUUCUUUCCGUUGAUAUCAUCGGUACGACGCUACGUAACAUUGCAUCACAUCACAUCAUACAACAAUACAAAUACCAAAAUUAUAUGGUAACCGUUGAUCCUAUAGCAUUUUUUGUAUAAAUCCCGACAAUUGAAGCUUGCCAAGUGUUUUGGAAUUUUUUUUUGACCCAACAGUGAUGGAUUCUCACACACAAUUUCUUCAAAUAAUGCACGAACCGAAUGCAAUUCGAUAACGGACAGAAUAAAUUAGUUUAGUGAUUUUGCUGAUUGAAAGAUCUAAGCAUCGCAACGGAUUGAUCGAAUUGCUUUGUUCAUUUGGUGAUGUUUCGUUUGUGGAUAAUAACACUGAAACGAACUUCAUGGAUUGGCAAAAGGAAUUAGCGCUGAGCAUAAAUGAAGACAAAAAGAUCGAAAAAUUUAAUGUCAAAUAAAUAACGCCCAUAAAAACAGUUUUUCGUAAGAGAGCGGCAGCAGCAAAGUACAGAUUACAAAAAAAAAAAACACGAGAAUUGAGAAAUAAAAGGAAUUCGGUGCAAUGAUACAAUACAUAUUCGCACGCAAACACAGGAAGACAGCAGUGAAAAUGAAAACUAUUUGCUCAAAUUAAAUUGUUGCAGCGACGAAGUGAAACAAAAUAUCAAAAGUGUCUGUUGUCGCCGUAAGAAUUUGUUUGUUUGUUUGUUUUUUUCUCUGUCCCUUGUACAAAGCAAAAAAGAAAACAGAAAAAAACGUGAACAAAAAGUGCAUAAAAGGAGUCGAUUCACGGCUCCGUUCUUCGUUCAUCUCGCACUAAAUGUGCUGAUGUGCAAUUUGGCUCCGAUAGCAAAACAGCGAAUAGAGAAGUAGAACGUGUGGACAGGCUAGAGGAAGAGCGCCUAAAAUAGGAGAAAGAAAGACGAAAAAAAGUUAUCGCCAAAAAUAACGUCACAUCCACCAGCAACAUCAACGUCAUCGUUCAACGAAAUAUACAAACAAGACGAACGUUAUUAAAUUCCAUCGCAAAUUAGUUCGAAAAUAAAAAGGGCAAAAAUUCAACAGAAGUACGUCAAACGUGUACAAUCACCAUGAGAAUGCCACUGACUACAGCCGAAACACUACGAGCAUGUAUUUUAUCAUGGAUUUUAUCAGCUCUUGUUGUUCAUGGCGUGGUCGGCGGAAAUCCAGAUGCAAAACGCCUGUAUGACGAUUUAUUAAGUAAUUAUAACAAAUUAGUGAGGCCCGUGGUGAAUACUUCGGAUGUGCUUAAAGUCAGCAUUAAGCUUAAAUUAUCGCAACUGAUUGACGUGAAUCUAAAAAAUCAAAUAAUGACAACAAAUCUUUGGGUGGAACAGUCAUGGUUCGACUAUAAGCUCAGGUGGGAGCCGAAAGAGUAUGGUGGAGUGCAGAUGCUUCAUGUGCCAAGUGAUCAUAUAUGGCGGCCCGAUAUUGUGUUAUACAACAAUGCGGAUGGAAAUUUUGAAGUGACACUUGCAACUAAGGCCACAAUAUACUCGGGUGGAUUAGUAGAGUGGAAACCUCCAGCAAUUUAUAAAUCAUCCUGUGAAAUAGAUGUCGAAUAUUUUCCAUUCGAUGAACAAACUUGUGUGUUAAAGUUUGGAUCAUGGACUUACGACGGUUUCAAGGUGGACCUAAGACAUAUGGACGAACAAGUUGGCAGUAAUAUCGUUGACUUUGGUGUCGAUUUAUCUGAAUUUUAUAUGUCCGUUGAGUGGGACAUUUUAGAGGUACCAGCUGUACGAAAUGAAAAAUUCUACACAUGCUGCGAUGAACCGUACUUAGACAUCACAUUCAACAUAACAAUGCGACGAAAAACGUUAUUUUACACAGUAAAUAUCAUAAUUCCAUGCAUGGGAAUAUCAUUUUUAACGGUGCUAACAUUCUAUUUGCCAUCGGAUUCUGGUGAAAAGGUAACGCUUUCGAUAUCGAUUCUUAUUAGUCUCCAUGUGUUCUUCUUGCUGGUUGUUGAAAUCAUCCCGCCUACAUCGCUGGUGGUUCCUCUGCUGGGAAAAUAUUUGAUUUUCGCUAUGAUACUUGUCUCCAUCAGCAUUUGUGUCACAGUCGUUGUAUUAAAUGUACAUUUUCGAUCGCCGCAAACGCAUCGAAUGGCGCCAUGGGUGAAAAAAGUGUUCAUAAACUUUUUACCGAAAUUGUUGUUUAUCAAAAGACCGCAGUACAAUUUCGAAACCAGUCGAAAAUUGCUUGGCGAUUCGCAUGUGUGCUUUUAUCCAUAUUAUUCAACAACGCAUUUGGAACAAAGCUCACAAUUCAGUCGGGUACAUUCAAAGGAUGAUUUAACACCAACAAGCUUAAGCCGAUCUGGACCGUUUGGAAGUUGUCAAAUUCACGGUUCUAUGCCAAUGCCACAGUCGGAGUCAGACGAUUUAUCAAAUAUGCCGGAUAUUGAUAAUGCCUCUGGCGGCAUUAAAAGUCCAAUUAUUAAUAAUCCAGCCUUUUCACACUCAAAAUGCCCACCAGAAAUACAUCGCAGCUGCUUCUGUGUACGAUUUAUUGCUGAACAUACAAAAUUGCUGGAGGAUUCAACAAAGGUGAAAGAAGAUUGGAAAUACGUAGCAAUGGUUUUAGAUCGGCUCUUUUUAUGGAUAUUCACGUUGGCGGUUUUAGCGGGUACAGCUGGAAUAAUACUGCAAGCGCCCACACUAUACGAUGAUAGAAUACCAAUUGAUCGAAAAUGUUCGGAAUAUGCGCCCGGCCAAACGCCAGUUGGUAGAUGUCCCGAACAAUAACGAUGAUUUCAUACUGUUGAAAAUCGUAUAUUUAUCACCGUUUAUUUUAACUGAAGCGUACACAUCGCGUAACGGUCCUUCAUUCUUACAUUCCAAUUUUAAGAUUUUUGGCAAUGGCUCUGUGCAAAAGAGCAAAACUAGAUAGUUGCGACGCGCGAAUUUUACUUCAAACGAACAAUAAAAUGAUAAAAAAUAUAUAUAAAAAAAAUUUAUUUGAAGAUAUUGCAGUUUUAUUGCAAGACAAAAUGUUCCGCUGUUCAUGGCCAAUGAUAACUUAAGAUAGAAUGGCCGUCUUCGUUGUGUACGCUUUGGACGUUAGGUUUAGACAGUAUUGAAUAAAAAUGUUUACAGUAUGAUGUGUACAAAAUACCAAAAUUACCAAGGGAAAAGAAGAGAUAAACAUACAUAGAGAAGAAUGAGAAAAAGAUAAGGUGAGAUAGAAUUGCAGCCAUAUUUUUGUUAAUCAUGGUUCGAAAUGAGUGCCUCAAUUUGAGUAUAUUGACUGAUGAGAACGAUCAGCAGCAAUGAAAUCAACUACUACGAAUAUAUUUACCAUUUUCCAAUGAAAAGCAAAUAAACAACAAAAAAAAAAACAAUGAAAAAAAUCAUGACGAGUCACCAUCGAACGCGCUCAUACAUAUAUCUUCGUUCGUUAUGAAGCCUGGCUGUAUUCGAUCGUUGAACCGACUUUGAUAAAAUGGAUAAAAAUCGCCAAUGGUUAGCAAUGCGGCACUGUCACUUAAAUUUGGUCGUACAAAUCUGGUACGUAAAUAACAUUACAUAUAAUACAAGUAUGUAUGGGGCUCUUCUUGACAACUUCCUAUUCUUUAAGUGUAGACAGGAAAUUUCAAGUAUUUGAAUAGUUUUUCCAACAUCUUUUUUCGGUUCAUGCUGCAAUGAAGAGAAUAUUCUUGUUUUAAGCAUGAAUGAACCAUGUCUCUGGUCUUUUAAAGCGCGAAUCGAUGGUGAAUUUUGAUAUUUUUGUACAUAAUAUUCGAAUUGAAAAGCACCAUAUACUGCAAUCAACAAAAACAAUACAACUUAAAAAGUUUAAAAAAAAAACACCAACAACUUCAAACGACACAUAAAUUUCACUACUAAGCGCAACAAAAUUACGCCCGUUGUUCAAAAAGUCAUCGAAAUGUUUGAAUGAAUGUUGCAAUAUCGCGCAAAAUUUAGUUUGUCGCGACUGUACAACUGCACGACAUUACCCAUGUUAUAUAAGUUGCAAAAAUUGAAGCUUUUUGCGAUAAUUCGGCCCUAUAACAAACGAUAAACGACUACAGAAAAUGACAACAAAGAAGCGCAUCAAAUACAUAGAUUGAUGCAGACAUAUACUAGUGUGUGGAUGAAGUGAAUGGUGCUAGAUGGAUGGUAAAAGUGCAAUAAUCGAAAUAUUUUUUUUUCGUUAGUUUCAUCUCUUUUAAAUUCAACUUCGAGAAUAGUUCAAGUAUAAUUAUCUGGGACACGGAAAAAUAUGUAGAGAGACAGAAUUUAAAUUUAAUACUUCAAUAUUGGUGUCGGUCAUGUGUCUGCAACACUUGUGUAUGAUCAAAAAAUGUAAUAAAAUAAUAAGAAAAUACAUUCAUUCUCGCUGCACUGAGUCAGUAAAGUAUUUGCCUCGGAACACAUUUCCAUAAUACGAAUGAAAGAUAGAUAGAGCAAGAGAGGUGGGAGAAAUGAGAGAAAAGCAGAAAGUGGCGCAAAUGAUUGGCAUACGAACAUAUACCAUCAAAAACGCGUAUGAGUGUAAUGCUUUUUGAUUUUGAAGUGAAUGAGUUGCGACACAAGGUUGACAGUGUUUGUAUGCGGAACAUGGUUACGAUAUACGUGUAUUUUUUUCUCACACUUCCUCAACGGUUCUUCCGCACUUCAACUUAAAAACGCGUUUUACACUCAUAAAUACUCGUAGUCUUUCAACUUGCAUAAUAUGUACAGUGCCGUCAGAAAAUUUGAGACCAAGCUCAUUUUUUUCAUACAAUUUCAUAAAAAUUGACGAUUUUUUGGAGCAAUAUUUAAUAUAUUUCGGAAAUAGCUAGACCCAUAAUUUUUAGAGUAAACCAGUGAAGUUUUACCAAAAAAUAUCUACGCGUUUAAAAAAUAUCCGAGGUUUGCACUUUCAAGUGUGAAAAAUGACACAUUUAUUUUGAUAUUUUUUAAACGCGUAGAUAUUUUUUGGUAAAACUUCACUAGUUUACUCUCCGUAAAUAGAACAAUAAGUGUGCAAAAAAUUAUGAGUCCUAGCUCUUUCUGAAAUAUAUUAAAUAUUGCUCCAAAACAUCGUCAAUUUGUAUGAAAUUGUAUGACGUUUUUUUGCUUGGUCUCAAACUUUCUGACGGCACUGUAUGUGCACUAAACAGUAUUUGCAUCAUUAAAAAUGUUGAAGCCAAAAAACGAGAAAUCAUCGGCAAUAGAAUCAUGCUGGAAUUAGAUUUUUAAUUAUUGAGAGGGCAGAAAUUUAUAAUUGCUAUGAUUGCAUAAAAUUAAUAACAACCAGCUUGUGGUAACUGAACGUUCUGCCGAGACGGUCAUGUGGUUCGUCGUUGGUAUUAGAAAUGGAAGUAGAUAGCUCUAAUAACCACACGGACCCGCUGGCAAACAUAUUGGACUGUCGUUACUUUUAUACGAUUUUUGAGCUGAUUUUUUUAAAUUUUGGGGUCGAAUACAUCGUUUUUUCCUCUUCUUCUUCUUUCAUCUCUUCGUUCAUCGUUUUUUGAUAGACAAUUCCCCCCAUAUUGGCAAAGCAGCUAUUUUUCUUUUCUAACCAAAUUGUGCUUUCACACAAUAAAACUUUAUACUUGACUCGUUAUUUUUUUUUUUUAGUUUUUACGUCUUUUUCGUUAUUUCGUUCUCAUUUGCUCUUCAUUUUGCCGCUCUCUUUUAUUCGUUUCAUCUUUCUUUCCAUUUUGUUGUUUAUUCUUUUGAAAACUUUUCCCUUGGCCAUCCCAAAAACUUUUCGCGACGAUAAUAUGUGUGCAAAAGAUGAGCACAUCCAAGACUCGAAUACAGAUCAAAAGAGAAAAGUAAGAAUGAAACGAAGUUGUUAUUUGCGUUGCAAUAUUAUUGGUAAGCGGUUUCAGGUAGUCAGGCAGAAACUACCUUCGACUUUUUAAACAGUUUGUGUGUUGGAAAUUCUUCUUAAAAUUAUGUUCAAGCGGCCAAAAGCUUUUUUUUCUCUUCAUAUUUACAAAGUAUUUCGUUUAAUUAUUAUUGUUGCAUAUUUCGAUUGUCUUAUGCGGCAGAUUUUUUUUUAUCUCAUGUUUUGCUUUGUUUUUUUUUCUCGUUCUUUAUGAAGAGUCCAGUUUGAGUGUUCUUCAUAUUUUGUUUGAAGUUGGAAGCCCGCACUAUUUGUAAAAUGUUUAUUGAGGAUCAAAUUGAUUAACUAGAAAGCGCAGUUUGCACAAAAUUUCGAUCGGAAUCGGGUCAUGAAGCAUCGUUAUUUUCCAUAAUGUCAACUGCAUGAUUCAUAAAAAAAAUGUUUAUGUGAGGGAUUCGGGAAAUACAGAGAAUUAAUUUUGAGCAUGCUUUGCGUUAUGCCACCUUAAGCAUUAAAAAAAAAAACGAAAAAAAAAAUCUGAACAAGUACCCGCAUACGCUUCAUACAAUUUCUACAACGAAUCAUUUUUUUUUUUGUGUUUACGACAAUUUUUUUUUGUGUGUUGAGAUGCUCCGCCGAGAGAAAAAUUGCAAAAAAAUGCACCAAAUUUUUACUUCACUUCUGUACUUCGCAUUAUGAGCGUUAUUUUUGUUUUCUUCUUUUUCUUACAUUCCACAUUUGGUGGCACAGCAACAACAAAGUUCGCCAAAAUAAAUUGCUGUAAGAGCAAGUGAAAUGAGACACAAAGUGUUUGAUACACAAAGCAAGAAUGAAAGAAAUAGACUAUGUUAGAAUGAGAUGGUUUGAAACAAGCGUUCAGGAUCGCAUACAUUUAUGCGAUACAUUGAAUGAUGCAUGCAUCGUUUGAUGCGAAUCAAAUAACGCAAACACAACGCUAACGAUGUCGCUAUGAGUACGGACCUGACAGCGCACCACGUGCUUAUAUGAUACACGUAAUGAUGUGAAUGUUCAAUAAAGCAAGACCGUCGUGUGCUACUAGAUCCGCACGUACAACGACAGCGUUAGCGUUAUUUGAUGCGCAUGAAAUGAUGCAUGCAUCAUUCAAUCUAUCGCAUAAAUGUAUGCGAUCCUGAACGCUUGGUUUGAAAAAAAAAAACCCGGCCCAACAUUAUUAAAGUAGAUUUUGCAAAGAAGACAUCAUCAUGACAGCAUAAUUUUAAUAUGCAUAGUUUCCAUUUAAUUUUGUUGAUUUCAUGAUACUGUCCGCAGUCUAGAGAAUUCAUUUACUGUAAAGUGAUGAUACCAUUUUCUCAACAUUUUCCACAUUACGCAACACAAUAACACAACAAAGCGGUUGAAGAACCAAACAAGGACCGAUGAAGAAAGUGAGUGAAAAGAAAAGAACAGAGUGAUGGGAAGUCUACAAAAUUUGUUAUUGCAAAUUCAAUGCAAUUUCACUUGAACGUGAAUAUGAAGCUCCCUUGGAUUUUCCAAAGAAAAAAAUCAACGGAAAUUUAACCGGGAAUAUAAAAUGAGAGCAUAGAAAUCUUUGACCGAACAUAGAGAAAAAAAUAUAAAUUGAAAUUGCAUUGUGAAUUUGAUUAAAUGAGCCGAUGCAGUCAAUAUCGAGGGCAAAUAGAAAAUGAACCGGCACAAACCACACAAUUAUUAUCUCAAUUUGUAAAUUAAAUUCCAAACUUUUAGCAAACUAAGCGUUAUAAUUCUAAACACGAAAUAAAGGAGAAAAAAAAUUAAGAAUCUUAAUUAAAAUACAAACCAAUCAAAUUGGUAAAAAAAAAUUAAAAGCAAAUUCACGAGAGAGGGAGGAAACAAAAAAGAAAAAGCGUACUCACUAAUUCGUUACUCUUGGAAUUAUGUGAUUUCGUGAUAGAAUUGAAUGCAGCCAAAAUGAAACAAAGAAAGUGCUGACAACCAACGACAAGACAUUAAAUCAUUGUCCAUUUUUCAACAGAAAUCAUUAAUCAUUUGUGUUGAGUAAUUUAGUUCUAUUUUUCUUUCCGUUUUCAACAAAGUGUUUCGGAUGUAUCGGUAAUUUAUACACGAUAUUCAGUUACAUUUCGAAAUAUUUGUAAUUUCCGUGUUUCGAUUAAAAUCAAUGUGAUUCCAAAUGCAGCGCAUCGCAACACAUUAAUUUUUUUUCUGUCUCUUUCUCUCUCAAGAUUAUUUGUUGCCCGUUUUUUUCUCGUUCCAAAUCACUUUUUUCACGAUUUCAGUUUCCAUUGGAGAAUUGUCCAUGAUUCGAACAUAAAAUAUGGUGUAUUUGAUUUUGUGUCACACUACUGAUUUUCAUUAUAAUGAGCAAUAGAGAGUAACGAACAGGCUCUAUACAGUAACAAUCAAAUAUUUGAUAGAUGUUCGAAACCUGUCUUCUAUCGACAUUCUCCGAAUUAUUCAAUUGAAUAAAUGCGAAUGAAAAUCAACUGAUUCAGUGUCAGUCAAUUGAGGGCACCAUGAUAUUUAUGCUGAAUAAGAACCUUCCAAAUUUCUUUUUUAUAUAAAAUAUAUAUCUAUAUUGUCAUGUAUAUGUUAUGUGUAUGUAUGUAUGUAAAGCAGUUGCCAGUUAAAGUUCCUCACCAAAUUUCUAUGUGCUUGAAAAUAAUCGUUUUUAUCAGAUCUCGCAACAGCGAAUACGAACAAUAGAUGGUACUUUUAAUUCGAACCUUAAAAUUCAAAGCGACGUAGACGAUGUAGCAUUGUCAAGAACCAAUUAGCUAAAAUUAAACUAGCUAAAUAGAUGAUUUUUUUUUGUUCCGAAAAUCGGAUACCAAAAAAAAAAA